AUGAAGAGUGCGAUGGAGGCCAAAUUCGAUGAUCAGCAACGGUGGAUGAAGAAGAUGGAAAACACGCUGAAACUGCACAACAUCAAAGUCGAACACGAAGGACCGACAGCCGACCUCUCUCCGAUUCAAAAGUCGUCGCCAUCACCGGUUGCCCAGCCAAUGGUGGCAAACUACCCCCCGCCCGAAAUCGAGAUGGACGAGCCGCAUCCGAUGGCUGUGGGCGAGACGGACUUGGCCCAACAAAUGCACGAUGCGGAGAUGGACGCAGAGGAGCAGAUGCCGCCCGGAGAGCCCGUGGCGCCGGGAGCGCCAUCCAUCCCCGCAAACCAUACCACGAGAGCCGACAUGCUGCUGUCGUGGCCAGGAAUCAAGGAGAUGACCCAGGGGAUCUUGGAGAGAGAGGGGGUCAAGUUCCCCCAAGAGUACCCCAUCGCUCAAGAGGAGAGGCGGGGAGUCUUGCGUCUAUACGGGCGCGGCGAAGGCGGCGGCCAGGAUCGGACCCCCAGCGCUACCGCGAUUGGCGCCACUUCUGCUUACGAGCGAAGCGCAGCCGAGGCAUUUGGAACCGUCGAUGCAAUCGACGACAGUUUCUCCGAAACUGGCAACUCGCCCUCACCGGGUGAGGCCUGGGGCCAGGUCGGAGGGCUGAGUCCACCCACAAGCGUGGGAUACACCAGCGGGACCCUUGUGGGCGACGGCCAUCCGGAUUUCGCCGAAGAAACAGUCACGUCGUAUAUGCGCAGCUUUGAGAAACAUAUUCUCAGCCUACACCCCAUUCUUCCGCUGGGCGACUUGAGGACCUUGGUCAAGCGCUUCUUGGACAGCCUUGCACAGACCGACAAGAAGGCCAAGCCUCAACCUCCCGGUGUCGCCAAAUUCGUACCGCCAACGAGCUUCCCCGAGAUGUCCAACAAGCGGAAGCGUUCGCCGGCCGGUGACCAGCCGGAAGACCCUGCUCCACCACCCAGGAAACCCGGCAGGCCGCACAGAACCAUUGAGAACGCUCUUGUUUUGGUCAUCCUCGCUCUCGGCAAGAUCUGCCAACAUGAAUCGAAAAUCCCGGACCUGCCUCGAGACUUUCCGGAGCACAACCACAACUCCCCGGCCACCAGGAACGGCUAUCCGUCCUCCCCCGGCGCACAGGCAUCGCCUCCCUCAUACUCUGUACACUCUCAAUCCUCGGGGCUGCCUUCGCCCAAGGAACAGAGCAACAGCCUCCCAAGCCGGCGGCAGUCCAUGCAGGGCAGUGGCGCCCUCAAGACUGGCCAGUCACUGAGGCGCAACUACGACAUCAUCCCAGGCCUGGAAUACUUUGCCUAUGCCUCCGACAUUAUGGGCAACCACAUGGCCGGAUGGACCAUGAAGCAUGCGCAGACCUUUAUCUUCGCCGGUCUGUACUAUGGCCAGCUGGGUCGAGUAUUGGAGAGCGACGCUAUGUUCUUCAACGCCGCCCGAGCCCUGAACAUGAUCAUGCGUCGUGAUAUGAGUCGCUUCUUCAAAAUGGGAAUCCACAACCCCCCGGAAAAGAAGCGAGACAAUUUGGUCCUCCUCGCCUUCUGGAGCUGCCUGCAGUUGGAAAAGUGUCAGGACUACGAAGAACAGAUGCCAUGGCCCAACAUGAAGCUCAUGGACCCCGAUUUCUCGGUCAGAAUCCGCGAUUCUUACAUUGGCCAGCUGUACCUGCGCAAGACGCUCAACACAAUCCACAACUUGCUGUACGAUCCCAAGGAGCAGCACGUUUCCGUGAGCGACAAGAUGAAGAAGGUCCAGGCACUGGAGCAGCAACUGCGAAGCAUGACGUGGGUUUCGAAUGACUUUAGGUUCAACGAGGAAGACGAGCCGGCGACCGACCUGUUGGAUGCGAGAUUGCGGGCCAAGUACUGGGGCGCGCGGGUCAUCAUCUACCGGCCCUUCAUCAGGGUUAUCCUGGAGGUCUCGGAGAAGCUCAAGCAUCGCUCUGACGACUCGGGGAUGCUGAACACAGAGAACGUGAGGGAUAUCAACGUCUUCAACAGGCACGACAAAUUCGAGGUUGUGGGACCAGGCUCUCAUGGUAUCCGCGGACACGAUGAGCUUGACCCAGAAGUAAAGGCGUGGGCCGCAAGGGGCAUCAAGGCACUUAUCCAGAGUACUCGAGCUUUCCAUGGUGUUGACAGCAAGCGACUGCUUGUGACCAACAUCUUUGGCACAGCACACGCGCAAUGGGGCAACCUCCUGAUCUUGGCGGCAGCCUUUAAGGACAACUACCUGCGCCAGUUCAUCGAACGGGCACAACUCAAAGAGCUGUUCAAGCGCACCAUCGAUAUGCUCAACAUGCACGCCCAAUCUUCCAGCGCCUUGACGAUAGACAUGCAUAUCCUGCAGCACAUUGAGAAAGAACUCUUUUACAAUGAACCGAGAGUGGGGUCCAGCAGCAUCUCGAGCACGGCCAGCAUGGCCGGCGCUUCGCUCCCGCCGCCUCCGCCGCCUCAGCCACCUCACUCGGCGCCGCCGAUGCACCACCAUAGCCAUGGCCCAAUGUCCAUGGCGUACGCGGUCGAGCCUGACCACCACAGCGCCCACAGCUCCCCGAGCCAGGGACACCGCAUCCUGAGCAACGGAUCGGGUCACCCGCCGAACCACAACCAGGGUUAUCACGGGCAUCCUGGAUAUCCCGGACCGCCAAGUCAGCAACCCAUGCAGAUGUAA